UUAAUCGGAUUAAUAUUGAUAAAAUCCUAUCUAAUUCUGAUAAUAUGUACAUGACUUAUACUCUUCUUCAUUCGUAGUCAGUGCUAACAUAGAGACCACUUCAAUAUGUUAUUCUAUACAUUAUCCAUAACAAUAUUAUUAUGGGCAUGUGCUAAUGCCCAGUUUGGAGACUUCAAGCAAAAUUUCGGAUAUGUCAAUGUUCGUGAAGGAGCUCACAUGUUUUACUGGUUGUUCUACACCACGGCCAGUGUCACGGAGUACACGGAGAGACCUCUUAUAGUAUGGUUGCAAGGAGGUCCGGGAGGCUCAUCCACCGGAGUCGGAAACUUUGAAAUACUUGGACCACUUGACCUAUCACUGCAAGAGAGAAACUACACUUGGAUUAAAAAUUUCAAUGUACUAUUUGUGGACAAUCCUGUUGGCACUGGCUUUAGCUAUGUUGAAGAUAACAAAUAUUUAACUAAAAGUAACGACGAAAUAGCUUUAGAUUUUGUAGAGCUGAUGAAAGGCUUUUAUGAGAGUAACCCAGAAUUUGAAGGAGUUGAACUUUACAUUUACGGACAGUCGUACGGGGGGAAGAUGGCAGUUGACAUGGGCAUUCGAAUGCGAGAGGCCGAAGAUACUGGUUCAAUCAAAUCCAAUUUGCGAGGCAUCGCUAUGGGUAAUUCUUGGAUACACCCGGUAGACGCGACCCUCACUUGGGGACCCUUGCUUCUAGCAGCUGGCCUUGUUGACCAGGAAGGCUAUGAGGACAUACAGGCAUCAGCUCGAGAAGCCGAAAGGUUGUUCAACGAAGGUUUUUUCUGGAACUCUACUAUGCAGUGGGCGGCGACGCAGCAGGUGGUAUUACGCAGAACAACCAGGGUUGAUUUUUACAACAUAUUGACUAAAAUGGAAGUCAAUUUGCCGGAUAAUUUAAGCGCUUAUGAAAUUGCAAGGGACUCCAUGAUUCGUGACAUGCCGUACACAUCUAGAAGACAAGCACUGAACCUAAAUACUCUUAUGAACACUAGGGUGAAACAAGCUCUUCGAAUUCCUGAAAGAGUCAUUUGGGGAUCUCAAAGUAAUCAGGUUUUCGAUACAUUGAGGACAGACUUUAUGAAGCCCGUUACUGAAAGCAUUGAAAAACUUUUGAAUGAGACGGAUAUCAUCUUAACAAAGUACAACGGCAAUCUGGACCUCAUUUGUGACACUCCUGGACAAAUUCUCUGGGUGGAUCGUCUAAAGUGGCCCGGUGCAGAAGGAUACAGGAACGCGCCCCGACGACCCAUCUGGGAGAAUGACCAAUUGGAAGGUUACUACAAGUCCUUUGGCAACUUCAGGUUCUUCUGGAUCAAUGUAGCUGGUCAUAGUGUCCCAAGAGACAAUCCCGCAGGAACCAACGCCUUCUUACGUGAUAUGACUUCAUUUGGAUAAACAUUAAAGAAUCUUUUUUCCCUAG